GACUGAAUGCCUGACUGGCUGCACAUUCGUCAAUGUAGUCUGAACAAGUUUGGAAUUGCUGUUUAUUUAUGGUGGUUUUAGUGAUUCGGUGUUGAUCGAAGAGAUCAAAACAAAUUUUUAUUUAGUUAAUAUUUAAUUUAUCUUGUUGUGAUUUGCAGUAAAAUUUCACAAUAAAAAUGUUAAGAAGACAUUUUUUAAUUGGUACCAGUUUGUUUGUUGUGAUAUUAUUUUUUCAAUUCCAACAAAGUGAAUGCUUUAUUUAUCGUUUAAUAACUGAAACUUUGCAAAAUAAUGUUGCCGGAGAGCCCAUAACACACAAAAGAACUGAAUGGGAUUUUGAUCCGGAAAUAAGUCAAAAAAGACGUUCACUAUUUUACGAAACUCACGGUUUUAGAGGGGCAAAAUUUAUUGAACGUAUUGGGGUGGGUCAAGAUGGUCACGAAGAAGAGCGUAGAAUUGAGCAGCAGCUACGUGAUGUUGGUAGAUUAAAUGGAGAUCAUAAUAUAAAUUAUCCGGCAUAAGGUGAAAUCGCAAGGAAUCCAAACCUCUUAAGAAAUUUGUGUACAUACAUAUAAGGACAUUGAACAUAUUUGCAUUUGUAUAGUAGUUAUCUUUAUUAAGCUAACUUAUAUUACUACAUAUUUAAUUAUUUUAUAUUGUUUAAUGUUCUUAUUAUUGUUGUUGUUAACGAGUAAAAAUGGAAGAGAUUUAAUAAAUGUUCAUAUCGCUCGUUUAUAUGAAGACUGCCAUAAUUCUAAAA